AGGGAGGGAGCAGAAUACACAGCUUGCUUCUGCACCGCUACAAGCACAGCUUGCAUUUCUGAGAAGCAGAGAGCGGAGAGCAGCUAGAAGCUCAGCCUCCUAGCCCGAGACCAGCUUGGCUGAACGACAUCAGCAUGACCUCUAGACCGACUCCGGCACGCGACUGAGCGCCGUCGGCCCGCCGCAGGAGUUUGUCCUCCACCUCCUCCAAGGGGACCUCCUAUGAACCAGCGCUUGAGCAACCCACCUGAAGCCCACCUACGGCUAGGAUCUGUUUCCUCCUUUUUGCCCUCUCUCCAAGGACACAGGCUCCCACUCCCCUUCGCGCCCCGGCACUGCACCCCGCGCCUGCACGCCUGAAUGACAGCGUCAAGCGAGCCUCGCUGAGCUCCGGGGGACGCACCACCUACAGCUCCGCCCCUCCCCUCUUCCUCCAGUGAAGGGAAGCUGCACCGGCCCUCUCCGGCGCCGGUCCCUCCCCCCGAAGCCGACCCCGUGUUCUGGGGCGAUCGUGUCUUGGGCCGGGAGCGAACCAUGAGCGAGCCCAGGAAGAGCGAGACAGACCUGAGAGACAAAGCCAUCAUGCACCAGCAGCGGCGACUGAAGCAGGCCACGCAGUUCACCCACAAGGACUCGGCUGACCUGCUGCCCCUGGACGGUCUCAAGCGGUUGGGGACCUCCAAAGACUUGCAACCACACAGCAUCGUCCAGCGGCGCCUCCUGGAGGGCAACAUCCCCCGGCUGCGCCGGGAGGCGCCGGACGCACCGGCCCACGUGCGCUCGCCCCUCGUGGACAGCAAGGAUUUGGGUGAGACGGAGGAGAAAAGUGAGAGUACAGUGGACGACUCGGCGGAGGAGAGGGAGUCCCCCGAGGAGAGCGAGAGGAGCCUGAGAUCGGAGGAGGAGGAGGAGGAGGAGGAGGAUGAGGAAGAGGAGGAGGAAGAGCUCAAACAGAAGCAAGGAGAGCAGACGGAGAGAGAGGGGGAGCACCAGAGAGCAUCCGCUCUCUCAGCUCUGAUGGUGCAGUGUAAGUGCGGUGAUGCUGAGGUGAAAGUGUCUGUCAAUACAGGCAGCCAGCACAAUCAAAUCUCCACUACAUGCUGCAGAAGGCUGGGACUCAAAGCCAGUCUAAAGAGUAAGGCUCUCUGUGAAGUGUCACCUAUACUCCUCCAGUUUGGCAAACAGAGAGUGGAGUGUGCUGCUCAGGUUGUAGAAGACGAGGCGUCCGAGCUGUGUCUGGGCCUGCAGACACUCCUGGAACUUAAAUGCUGCGUUGACCUGAACACGAGAGUGCUCCGGCUUCACGGCAGUGGUGAGGAGCUGCCCUUUUUGGAGACACCUGCCUGCAGUCAGUGCCAUCGCCAUGACAACAACAAAAACCUGUGAUCUUUGACCUCACCCUCUAAAUCCACUGACGUGGACAAGGGGAGGAAGUGUUUGUGGGAGGGUCUGUCUGGAAGUGUGUUUGGACCACUGCCAUCACUAUGUGUCCUCACAGCCAGGAGACCAGAGACAGGCAACUCCCUAUACCUGGUUAUUCUAUUCUUCUUUCUCUCUCUCCUUCUCUGUCCAUCCAGUGGCGUUGUUUUCUGUGCAUUUAUGGAAUCAUGCAAAUCAUUUUUAUCCUACUUUUUGAACAGGUGUUCAUUUUUAUGGAAUACAUUUAUUUUUCAAUCAAAAUUUUAAAUAAAAAAAAAAAAAAACCUGAUCUGGAGAUAAAAUAAAUAAUUUGGUGAUUGUUGCACAGUUAAAUGCUGUUAUGAUUCAGAAAUUAAGGCUUCUGUAAAGGGCAAAUUGUACAUCCCGUAGUCUGUGUAUCUCAAACGUAUCAGAACGUUUCAAGUUUUUUUUUUAAUCAUCAAAGUUCAAAGUUCAAAGAGGUUUUAUUGUCAUUUCAGCUAUAUACAAACGAGACA